AUGGCUUCUAAUUCUUUCCGAGACUCCAUCAACUCCCUCGGCUGGAGCCGUCGCGAUGAACCCGUAAACACGUCCCAGCAGAGCGGUCUGCUCUCUUCUCUCCAGAGCCUCAACCCCUUCCAAGGCGGCCGUGGCUAUGUGAGGCUCCCCACCACCGAGAGCGCCGGUGCGCCUCUGCCUGCGCCCAGUCGACGCGAAGAGGAGGAAGGCUGGUUUGUUCUUAGUCGAUGGGAUCGGUUACUGAUCUUUGGGGCUUGCAACCUUGCUGCCCUGGCAUGCUUCUUUGUGUGCUUCACCUUUACUCUCUUCCCGCUGUUUAACCCCCGCAAGUUUGUCACCUUGUGGUCGGUUGGAUCGCUGAUGUUUUUGGCAUCGUUUGCGGCAGUUAUGGGACCUAUGGCCUAUGUCUAUCAUCUUCUCUCAACUCCCCGGUUGCCGUUUACUGCAGCCUACUUUGGUUCUAUCAUCCUGACACUUGUGUUUGCCUUGAAGCUUCACAGCACCAUCCUGACCCUCUUUUCGGCCAUCAUCCAGAUCGCAUGUCUUCUCUGGUAUCUUAUCAGCUACUUCCCCAUGGGAGGUACUGGUCUUCGCCUGGCGGCCUCGUACGGUACAAGACAAGCGGCAUCUUGGAUGUCUGGUUAA